AUGUCACGGCGAAACGAUGGUAUUCACGAGGAACACACGCGAGUGUUCACGGCACACGAGGAGUUGUUGGAAUUCACCAUAAGAGAACAACUUGGUCCACUAGCAGAGUCACUUGUGCGAACAUUAAAUAGAAAUGGUCCUAUGACAUUAAAGGAUCUUGCAGACACGGUUAAGCGUGAGCCUUUCAAUAAUCCGCUAUCGCAGCAACAACAACAAGGACAGUUUGCAGGUGAUGUGGGAAAGCAAGUACGUUCUCCCAUUGCUGUCCCUGUUUCCGAUUCUUUGGGUGAUAUCGCUACGGAUGCGGCGAUUAAGGAACUCAUGACACGUCUCCUUCUGCAUCGCGUUGUGCAACACGAUGGGGAAACUCACACAUAUAGUGUUGCGCUUGGUUACGGCCUCCUACUGCGCACACUAUUCCCGCUCAUUGUACAGUUCUUUCAACGUCGCUAUGGUGAGACGGGUGUAACGCUUCUGAUGGUCUUUUACCAACUCGCGGCAGUUCCAUUUGAUGUGGCGAUGCGACUGGCGAUGGAACGUCGGCCGGCCCUCACAGAAGCGCUGCGGCAUUGCGCUCGGGAGAUGGAGCGUCUUGGCCUUAUUGAGUGUGUCUCGGCUGAAACUCCAUCUUCCUCUCAUGCGCAAACGCCAACGCCAACGCCGUCGCUUUCCGCCUCGCCGGAUCCCUGUCGCCUGCACGCCGGCCAUCUUCUCUGCGAGAUGCUCCGCGAUGUCAUCCACCGCGAGCUCCUCGCCGGCCGACACCCCGACGGCGGUGUAGUCGCCGCAGCUCUGAUGGACGGACUCACCGCGGCAAGUCGCGCCCGUCGACUCGAAAUGCGCCCCGCCGGAUUUCCACCCGCCCCGCCACGCACAAGUCCCGCCCUACCGCUCCGCGCACUUCUUCGCGAACUCCCACACACAGACCCCGCCGUCGUUGUGGAUACCGUCAGUCGCAUGUGCCGUCCAGAUGGUGAUGCGGUGCUGAGUAACGAUGGCACCUCCUCUGCAGCCAUGGAAGGGCCGUACAGGUUUCGAUACGAUAACGCCGUGGAGGCCAUGCGACGUGAUUGUUGCGAGCGGCUUGUGUUUGCACGGCAUGGGGUAUUAGGCGUGCGGAUUGUGAAGUUGCUGCUCAUGCACCAUAAUAUGGAGGACCGCAUGCUAGCAGAGGAGGCUAUCGCUACACUUCCACGUACACGCGAGGUACUCCAUGCCAUGAUGCGAGACGGCUACGUGCGACAGCAAGAAGUACCAAAGAGUGGGGUCAUGGCAGAUCGACAACCGAAGAACUCCAUCUUUCUUUGGAGUUGUAGUAUGGAGGGAGAAUUACUGCCAACAGUGCGUGUGCAAGUUGCGAAGGCACUGCGUAAUGUACUCGAACGUCUUGCAAUGGAGCGACAAACUCUGGUAGCUGUAACAUCUGUAGCUGGAGUUUCUUCUUCUUCCACUUCUUCCUCUACUACUACUGCUGCUGCUACUACUAAUACUACUACUACUACUAUGGCACCCACAGGGAGUGAAAUGGGGGCUGGUCUACCAUCGGCAAUAAACCCACAGAGAGGGACGGCAGAGGCUAUAAACGAGAUGUUGCGUUGUCGGCGGGCCGUGGCGGCACUUGAGAGCUCCGCCUCCUCACUGAUGGGGAUGAUGUUGGUACUGGAUUUCUAUUAA